CGGCGAAGAAACUGCUUUAUAAAAGUAGUAGUAGUAGUGAUAAUAAAGAGAGGUCCACAUUGUCUUUCCUCGUCACAAAACUCACUUUGCAACAGAGACAGAGAUUAAGAAAGCAGAAGAAUGUCGAGUUCUGCCGAGUGUCGGGAAUUUUCUGGUCGGAAGUUACAGAAGAAGCCGAGCUUCUCAGAGACGUGUAGUCGUUUGAGUCGUUAUCUCAAGGAGAAGGGUAGCUUUGGAGAUCUCAGCUUAGGGAUGACAUGCAACCCCGACGUCAACGGAGUUUUGGCUGUGUCACGUCAGCCCACAGUGAUGAAUCUGUUCCCUUGUGAAGAAGCUUGGUUUCCUCAAGACGUUAAACCAAAGAAUGAUAUGGUUCCUCGUCAUCAGUCAAGCUUGUCUUCCUCCUCUUCCUCUGAAGCAAAGGAAGAAGUCGAGAAGAUCACAGAGACUAAAACUCUGAAGGUGGAGUCUCAAUCUUCUGCUCCCUUGACCAUAUUCUACGGUGGUCAAGUUAUGGUGUUUGAUGAUUUUCCUGCUGAGAAAGCCAAUCAACUCAUUGACUUAGCUAACAGGGGAAGUGCCAAAAGCUUCACAGCUGAACUGAACCAUAAAGAUAUUGCUUAUACUCAAAACUUAGCCAAGAACCAUAAAGAUAUUACUUCUACUACCCCAAAUCCUAGUCCUACAAAAACACAAGAGCCAAUACAGACCAACACGUCCUCUUUAGCUUGCGAGCUUCCAAUUGCUAGAAGAGCUUCGCUUCAUCGAUUCCUGGAGAAGAGAAAGGAUAGGAUUACAUCAAAGGCACCGUACCAAAUAGACGGUUCAACCGAAGCAUCUUCCAAGCCUAACACGUCCUGGCUAGGUUCUCAGUAAAUCUCAUGAGACUGUCUAGGUUCCAGAAAUGCCAUUUGAGAGAACAGCUCGAAAAAAGAUUCUUUUGAUGCCCCCAUCGUUUACAAAUACUCGUUUUGUUUGUUCAUUGCGCCAAAAAAAAACUUGUAUGAAUGUAAUCGUUAUAGUUUUCUUGUUUGGUUUAAGCCAUUGUGUCAUAAACCUUUCCUCUGCCGAUUUCAACAUUUUCUUGCAAUCCAAGUGUUCUUUUAUUCACUUAUCUAACCUAAGGACAUGAUUAAUCCGAUCUUUUAGCAAUUUUUUAUAUAUUUUUUUAUAUUUUUC